GUUCGUCUGUAAUUUUGAAUCGGGGGGGAAGUUUACAGUGCGCUGACAGACUUUUGAGUGAGUUCAGUGUGGUGCGCUCCUCGGUGCGUCACACACUCAGAGAGCCAGCAGUGGAAGUGCGCGUCCGUCCCAGGCUGUCAUACAUGCCCAAACAGCAGCGUGGCCAGCUUCUCUCCAAACACAGCAGGCUUCUCCUCCUUCACACGCCUCACUUCGCUUCUUGGUUCGGCUGAGACUCGGAAAUGGAUGUCAUACCGAUGUGCAGCAUCUUCCAAGAGCUCCAAAUUGUGCACGACACGGGAUACUUUUCGGCGUUACCGUCGCUGGAAGAGUACUGGCAGCAGACAUGCCUGGAGCUGGAGAGGUACCUCCAGAGCGAGCCCUACGUCUCCGCCACCGACCUCAAGUUUGAUAACCAGGAGGACCUGUGGAGCAAGCUGAUGCUCGCCUGCGGGGACAAGUCGAACGAGGCGGACCCGAAGCUGGCCCACAUCAAGGAGGAGGUGGACGGUCAGGACAUCCAGCCCCUUGACGUCGGCGGCUUCAACUCUGACGCCAGCAGCGAAGCCUCGGACAGCUCCGAGGAGCUCUCCCCGACCCUCGACUUCUCCUCCGGCUCUUUGGCGGACAUGUUGGGCGACAGCGGAGAAGACCUGGGCUCUGCCAUCAUCGGCACGCCGCCUUCCUCCCCCGAGCUCGGCAAGGAGGGCUCCGUGGCCCAGGUGUGGAGCGGCAUACAGACUGUACUGAACUCGCCUGGGAAAAUAAGAACUGAGGGGCCGGAGAGGUCCGUGGACAGGUCGGGGAUGACCAGCGGGGAGGCGUCGCCCGACGGGAGGAGGCGGGUGCACCGGUGCCAUUUCAACGGAUGCAGGAAGGUGUACACCAAGAGCUCACACCUCAAAGCACACCAGCGCACGCACACAGGUGAGAAGCCCUACAGGUGUUCAUGGGAGGGUUGUGACUGGCGCUUUGCACGCAGUGAUGAACUAACCCGACACUUCAGGAAGCACACUGGAGCAAAGCCAUUUAAAUGCAAUCACUGCGACAGGUGUUUCUCCCGUUCGGACCACCUGGCGUUGCACAUGAAGAGGCACAUCUAAGAUGGCCUCCUUGAGUGCUCUGAGGGAUGAGUCUGGUUGAUUGGCCCGACCAUUUGGGGAUCAGCAAGGCCGGUGUGUCCGGGGAGCAUUAACAGGGGCGCCGGCGUGUUCCAGUCAGUGGAGAGACACGAAGCAACACAGGCUAUUAUUUGCACCAUACUUUGUGCCUCCAACACCUCGCUGUGGUGAUUGCUCUUGAAAGGCUUUUAAGGAGGAGCAGGGGGUGAAAAGAGACGAUGGGGAAGAUCUUGGCUGGAGUUGAUGGGAAGAGACUCUUCUGUAUGGUGUUAAAUGCUUUUUUUGGGGGGGGGGUUCUUUUCCUGGAGGAUUAUGGGACUCCAGGAGUGGGGGGCACUGUUCCUCCACUGACGGUGUGUGUGCCUGUACGCAUGGGACUCUGAGUGCCUGUGACUGGAUGCCUGUGCUGGCUUUAUGCAGCGGAUGGAGCUUGCGAGUGAAUGACAUGGAAGGGGUGGCGUUGUGCAACGAUGGUUUCUUCUUUUUUUUUUUUUGGGAUGGAAGGGAGGAAAAGAGGCGAGCGGAUGACUUGAUGUCUCUGUAAGAAUGAAUGCAAGCAAAGAGUUCUGUCUGUGUUGAUCUGAUCUGUUCAUUAUGGCAGGGAGUAAGGGGUUGUUUGCUGGAGCUCAUUCUUCUUUUUUUUUUCUUCCUUUCAUUUAUCCAAAGGAUGACCCCUGUCUGCCUGGAGGUGGAAUUACAGCUCCCUGUCCGAACUCGGGAGGUUGUUUUGUUUAGUGCAGCUAUUAAAUGUGCAAUGUAUUACGUGGCCUGUCUCACAACAUACACGUUAUAAAGCUCAUUUUGUUGUCCAUUGUGUAAGCCUUGUAUCCAAAAAAAAGACAAAAACAAAAAAAACUACCGUACACUAACAGUUAUGGCAGAUUAUAACAGCCGUUGCAUGGGAUCGGGGGAUGUGUUGCUCACUGGCGCGCGUAGAGGACGACGAAAUUCCAUUCAAGUGCAGCUACCUUCAUGUUACUCGGCAUCAUAAUAUUGUAAAAAAACAAAAAAACAUAAGGCAGUCUUUUUUUGGUUGUUUGUUUUAAAUUGGGGAUACCACUAUUGUUAACAAGUGUCUUGGUUGAGGUUUUUUUUGUUUCUUUUUCUUCACAUUUGCUUUUUCUCUUUUGUUCUGUCUGUAAAUGCACUGUUGACCUUACUGAUGCCUUAUGUAAGUGGCCUUGUCCUGUUAAAAAGAUCACUCCCUCACACAUACUCACACCAAACGGCUUACUGAAUAGCUUUAUAAAGGCUCUUAUCCAUACAUUUGCACCUUUUUUUUUUUUGUUCCGUCUCCUCAUUGGAUUCUUCCAAACUCUUGAAAAGUAAAAAAAAAAAAAAAAAAAAUCUAUAAAAAGUUAUAUACAUAUAUAUCAGCUUCACAAUGACUGCUGCUUUUCCAUAUCUGCCACUUCUUUUUCUUGAUUACACCAGAACAAAUCAUGUUCUAAUUGAUUCAAAUUUUGAGACAGAAAUUUGCAGAACCAUUUUUUGCAGGGGGAGAAAAACAAAAUCAACUUUUAUAGUGGUUUACUACUAUGUAGUAUAAGACGAUGUGGAUGCACUGCAGAUAAACUAAGUUGCUGCGAAGGUACAGAGCCUUGGAAACAUGUUCUCGUGAAACGUGGAUCUGGUCACAUAACCAGUGAGGCGGGCAGAAAUUACAGCCAACACGUCAGGGCCGUUUAGAACCGUUGAUGUUACCUGGUAUAAUAGUCCUAUGAGAUGAUGACAGCAGUCUUAAUCACGAGUCUGUUAUGUAUGUUUUGUCUCGCUUUACCGUCAACGUGAGUCAGUGGUUCUCCUCAAUCCCAGUUCAAACAACGCUUAAUCUGACUAAACGGUACAAAGACUUGUCUAACCAGUUCAGCUGUGCUGCGCUUCAGGUCAACGGGUCUCUUGUCUCUGAAGCGGGACCUGAGACCAGACGUUUUUUUUGCUUUUACAAACUUCACUUUUUUGCAUGAUCAAACUUCAGUUAAAGGUUUUUUUUCGUCACCAUUUGCCACCUGAGACAAAAUGUUUUCUUCUGGAUAAUGAAAGCAUAAAACAAAAGUGUUUUUAAAAAUGACCUUCCUUCACUCAUUUCUUCAUAUCGGUCAGUAUCACAGGUAGCCUUGUGAUAAACCUUUUGCAGGGUUAGCCCUGUUGUAGAUGAAUAAAAAUCAAUUAGUAAUGCUUCUUUUUUUACACUGAGAAAUGUAAAAAAAAAAAAAAAUGCAAAUAUGCAUUUGUUGUUGAAAGGAUGUUUUGUAAGAAAGCAUAUAUUUUGAACAGGUAUGGGACCAAAAGCAAGCGCAGUGAGUCAUUUCCAAAUAAAACCGAUAACAUGUCGAAGAAUUACUGUAAAAUAGAUGCACUCCAUUUUUGUUUUCAUUUGUUUGUGUAACAUUUUUUUUUUUUUUUUUUUUGUUCUGGGAGAAAAUCUACGUAAGAUUGAGCAACGCACAUUAUCAAAUGGCAUCAAUAGCGCCUACACCUGUGGCCUGUCAUUUUUCAAGAGGAUAAAAAAAACAAAACUUUAUAGAUGUGAACUUUUCUGGACACUUGAAAUGUCAUCAUGUUGCAUUCUGGUGCCCAUAUAAUUUUAAUGAAAUUGUUAUUUUACAUGUAAGGUCUUUCUCUCAACUUUUCAAAAGACUUGCAAAUAUACCCUGUCUUUAGCUAGAAUAAAAAAAAAAAUAUUGGAUAAACAUGGAAAUAUGAGGCUCUAUUUUUGUUUGUUUUAUGGCAUAAGAUUUUUUUUUCAUUUGAACUUGUUUUGUAAAAUAGUUUCUGUAUGAAUGUAUUUUUUAUUGAAAAUGGAUAAAAGACUUUAUUGGUU